AGCAUACAAUACAAUUGUUAUCUGUGUGUGUUGUGAAUUGUGAUAGGUCCAUUGAUGGCUCUCUCCUUUUCUCACCAUCCUCUCCUUCACGGCAACAAAACGCAUUUUGCUCCUUCAUCAAAGCCAAACAACACAUACACACACGUCCUUCAAUUCUCAUCUGUUCGGUGUUUCUCUACUUUGAACAACAAAGGCAGCAUCAACCUCAAAACUUGCAAGAACUGCAAAACCCAAUUCGACCCUGCACUCAACCACCCUCUUGCUUGUCGCUUUCAUACUGCCCAUUUUGGAGGAGAAACCAAGAGAAAGUUUGAGAGUGUGUAUGAAGGGGGCACCAUGAAUACUCCUGACGCUGGCAAAGUUUUUCAAUAUUGGCAUUGCUGUGGUUCUGAAGAUCCAUUUGAUCCUGGUUGCACUGCUUCUCCUCAUACCUCAUACGAUGAUUGAUGUAGAUGUCAUUCACCAUUAAUGAGUCUAAGGUUCACUUCUUCCAUAUUGGUUUCUUUUAGCUAUCAAUAGUUUCUAAACUCUUGUAUAAAACUAUAGAUUCCUUCAAUAAUUUCUUAAAAUUUAAAUAUCAUCCACAAGCAAAACAAGUGUGUGACUACAUGUUAAUCUGUUACCCCAUUAAGGUAUCAUUUAUUUGUUAUGCAAUUGGUUGUUCUGUACAAGGACUUGCAAUUGAUCAUCUUUGAGCCCAUUCAACUUUGACUUUUCUUUCAUCA